AUGAUGAAAAGGUGGUUUUCUGGCAUAAUAAAAGCUUCAUUCAGGUGUAAAGAGGCUGUUUCUUUGUGGGGUUUUACAGCAAAACUGGAGGAUUUUGGAACUGGACUUUUCAUUGGAGUUCUGAAGAAAUCUGUCUUUGCUGCAUCUACUUGCAUUUUUGCACUAGGAGGUGCUCUAGUGGGAUCAGUCAUUGGAGCCAUGAAGGGUCAGACAACAGAAACUGGGUUUCUUCGUGGGUCUGGAGUAGGUGCUGUUGCAGGUGCCAUCACUGCUUUUCAAUUGCUGGAAUCCAUGGCUAACGGUGAAACAUUGUCCAAGGUUGCUCUACUGUACAGCUUGUUGGAUGGGAAGGUAUUCAUGGAAUGGGUAAGUCCUGCAGUGCUAAAAGCCUAUCAGUGGCAAGUUACUGCCAUGGAAACUACUGACAGAGAAAUUUCGGACAUUUUUGACACAAGUGGAGUUAGAGGCUUGUCCAAGGACUGUAUCCAAAAACUUCCUGACUUUACAUUCCAAUCUGAUAACAACAUUGAUUUCAAGGGUGGAGAUUCAAUGAGAAAACUUCCUUAUUGUGGACACCACUUUCAUUUGGACUGCCUAGAUAAAUGGCUGACCAGAAAUGGGUCUUGCCCAAUGUGCCUACAACAAGUGGACCGGAGAACUAAACACAUUUUUAAGCAACUAAUAAGCCCUUACCGGUCAACUCUCAAAUCUCGACAACCAAAACUGAAAUCAAAGACUCGG